AUGAUGUAUCGCAACACCAUCCUCACCCUCCUGGCGGGAGCAUCAUCCGUCACCGCCGCCAUGGAUCCCAUCAACAACGCCAUCCUCCGCGCCCGUCAGCUCCAAGACAGCAUCCCAACCUCCACGGGGUCCGUUUUUAGAACCCGCACAGUGGACGCCUGCAUCAGCACCCUCACCUCCCUCAGCAGCAGCGCCCCCACCCCGCCCCCCGAAGUCCUCGAGUACGAAUUGAGCCAGCAGUUAGAACGUUUGAAAACCGCGACAGCCGCCAUGGGCCCUCUAGUCGAAGACGUUGCAGAUAUAUCAUCGGUUUGCUCUAGCGCCUUUGACGAAGACAGGACCAGGACUGCCACCACCUAUUACCCCCCUGCAACUGUUAUCGGCAGCGAAGAAUACGAUAGAUACCGAACAUCGGCUCUUUCCUGGUAUUCUUCGCUCCGUCCUGUUGUAUCCGAGGCUGCGCAGACAUGUUCGCUGAAGUGGCCCCGGGAGGUGGGUCUGCUUUGGUUGGCGUUCAUUGACAAUGAAGAAGAUUGUUUCAAGGCGUACAGCCUUGUGUUGGGGAUUACCGCCACGGAGCCCGCCACGGAGAUUAUCACACGGACACGCACUGUUCCCACUGAGACGGAGGCUUCGACCACAGGGACGGGGAUACCUGCUGAGGAGACCGAAACUGAGGAACCUGCCGAGGAGACGGGGACGUCGACGAGCGCCAGUACUGCUGGCGCUGCCAGGGAGACUGGGUAUAUGGUUGCUGUGGUGGCCGCUGCGGCUGGUGUUGCUGGCAUGAUGGGCGCUAUGUAA